GCUCACCUCUGGGAGGACGCCCCGCGGGCCGGCUGUCUGGAGGCGCCUCCGCCAUGGACCUCGCGGGGCUGCUGAAGUCGCAGUUCCUGUGCCACCUCGUCUUCUGCUACGUGUUCAUCGCCUCGGGGCUCCUCGUCAACGCCCUGCAGCUCUGCACGCUCGUGCUCUGGCCCAUCGACAGGCAGCUCUUCCGCAGGCUCAACUGCCGGCUGUCCUACUGCGUCUCCAGCCAGCUGGUGAUGCUGCUGGAGUGGUGGUCGGGCACGGAGUGCGUCAUCUACACGGACCCCCGGGCCUACCCCACGUUCGGGAAGGAAAACGCCAUCGUGGUUCUGAACCACAAGUUUGAGAUCGACUUUCUCUGCGGCUGGAGCCUGGCCGAGCGCUUCGGGGUUCUGGGGGGCUCCAAGGUGCUGGCCAAGAAGGAGCUGGCCUACGUGCCCAUCAUCGGCUGGAUGUGGUACUUCACCGAGAUGGUCUUCUGCACGCGCAAGUGGGAGCAGGACCGCAAGACCGUCUCGCAGAGCCUGCUGCACCUCCGCGACUACCCCGAGAAGUACUUCUUCCUGAUCCACUGCGAGGGCACGCGCUUCACGGAGAAGAAGCACCGGGUCAGCAUGCAGGUGGCCCAGGCCAAGGGGCUGCCCAGCCUCAAGCACCACCUGCUGCCGCGCACCAAGGGCUUCGCCGUCACCGUGCGGAGCCUGAGAAAUGUAGUUUCAGCUGUAUAUGACUGUACACUCAAUUUCAGAAACAAUGAAAACCCCACCCUGCUGGGCGUCCUGAACGGCAAGAAAUACCACGCAGACAUGUAUGUCAGGCGGAUCCCCCUGGAGCAGGUCCCGGAGGACGAGGACCAGUGCUCGGCCUGGCUGCACAGGCUGUACCAGGAGAAGGACGCCUUCCAGGAGGAGUACUACCGGACGGGCACCUUCCCCGAGACGCCCAUGGUGCCCUCGAGGCGGCCCUGGACGCUGCUCAACUGGCUCUUCUGGGCCUCGCUGCUGCUCUACCCCUUCUUCCGCUUCCUCGUCAGCAUGGUCAGCAGCGGGUCCUCCCUGACGCUGGCCGGCUUUGUCCUCGUCUUCUUUGUGGCUUCCAUGGGGGUUCGAUGGAUGAUCGGUGUGACGGAGAUCGACAAAGGCUCCGCCUACGGCAACAUGGACAGCAAGCAGAAACAGAGGGACUGACUCAGGACACGCUCCGUCCAGAGCGGACCUUGGGAAGCGGGUGGGCGCUGUCCCUCCCGGUGCGACCCAGCGAGGGUGCUGGGGGAGUCCCUGCUGGGAGGCAGGGCCUGUUCUCACGCCGCUGGAUGGGGCAGAAGACGUGCUUUGACCCGUCCUUCCCCGUGUGCAGUAGUGGGUUCCGGUUCUCUUUCCCUGUGAGUGCGUGCGUGCGUGCGUGCGUGCGUGCCGAAGAACACGAGGUGAGGGUGCGAGGCUGCCUGCCAGCCCUGUCCUGUGAUCGUGCCGCGGUGUCUGGUGCAGGGGGAGGGCAGGGAGGGGAGUCCCUUUCAUCCUUUGGUGCUGUUUUCUGUAGCCGAUUGCCAGGUAGAGCCAAGGCGCUGUAGGGAAGAUGAUUAAAUUAUGCCUCCAAAAAAAGCAUUCAAGUGUUUGGCUCCUCUGUGGUGCGUACACAGACCCCUCCAUCCUUCCACGCGGUCAGGCAGACACCGUGUCUAACCAUUUCUCAGCUCAGGUCAGCCCUGAGGACACCCAGUGAGGCAGAGACCAGCACACAGUGUGACUGCGAUGGGAGAGCAAUGCAGCUUGGGGGCAGGGUUUCAGGCACUUCCUCUAGUGACUUCAUUCAAAACACCAGCCACCUGAGACGGGCAAGCGUCCGCCUGGGAGCACAGAGCUGCACACCUGUGGGCUAGCCCAGUGGUCGGCAAACUACGGCUCGCGAGCCACAUGCGGCUCUUUGGCCCCUUGAGUGUGGCCACAAAGUUUCUAUCGCA